AUGGACAAGCGGUGGUUUCCUGCAGCAGGAACUCUCUUGGCCACCUUCUUGGUAGUCUUGACUUCUACCCUGGCCCUUCUUUCUACGCAUGAAGACCUUAAGCAGCUUCCUUCAGCCCCUGGCACAUCUGCUCGGCAAAGUAGCAGCAUCCUGGACAUCCUAAGAGAAACUGUUGGCGGCAUCCUCUCAGUUGAGAAGAAUUCAGAGGCCCUGGAGAAGAGGGCAGGAGCCCUUUCUAAAGAGGCAGCAGGAGGCCAGGAGGCCCCCUCAAUGUCUGGCCCCUUAGGAAGGACCAGGCCCUCAGGGAGAGGCAUACCCAGACCAAUCCCCUCAGUCCUGACCACAUCUGCAGCCCACAGAACUGCUGAUUCUCAGCCAGUGUCCUCAGGGGCUGACCCUGUCGAGGAAAACAUGGCCUCUGGAACUCUAGAAACAAUUGCUAUGCCAUUGCCACAGCCUUCUCCCACACAUGGAUCUGAGAAAUUCCGCAAGGUCCCCAAGUUGUCUUGGAUAGUCCCUGCCUCUGCAUUGCCGGAGACAAGCACUGCACCUAAACCAACAUGCUCACCAGUCAGAGUGUUCCCUUUCCCCAUAUUUUCUAGAGCUCCAUGCCUGUUCCAGAACACCUUCAGUCCCACUGCGUGGAGGAAUGGCCACUCCAGGCCAGAGGCAUCCCCAUCUGUGGCUCCCAGGAACUCCUCAGGACUGACUAACUUUCCAAGAGAGCCCCUGCUACCUGCAUCUUCAGGAACAUUUCAGCUGGGCCUGCCCUCCCAAGCCUUUACAGUGGGCUCUGGGUCAGCUGAAAACACUGUCACUUUGGCCACAGGCCCAGUAUCCAGUGAUGCUUCUGUGCUGCUGUUGCCAUCAGCAACGUCACCUUCACAUUCAUCUUCCCCCUACUCCCCACCCUCCUCAUUGGCAGUGCCCCCAUCUUCAUCCCCAUCACCUCCAUCUCUGUCAUUCUUCCCAUCACCAUCCUCAAUCCUGGACCCAAUUUCCUCUGUCACCACAGAAGCCAGGGGCCCUCCUAAACCUUCUGUGUCUGUGACUGCACCCUCAGCCACAGACUCUUCCAUUAAAACAUCAAACCUUGCACCCCUACGACCCAGCCACCCUGGGUCAUGGGUUCCUAUCAGCCCGAUCCACCUGCCCACCCUCUCCCUCGCCCCACAUAGGUCUGGCUCCACAAAGUUAUCUGGAGGUGCUGAUGCUACCCUCUCCCCUACCCUGCCUCACCCUGGCCAAGAUGUGUCUUUGGAGGACUUGAGUUCCUCCACUCCAGGACCUAGUCAUGUGAUCCAUUCUGUGACCUUCAGGAUCAACAGUGAACGCUUCACCACAGCUGCCUGGAACCUGGUAGCCCCGAAGCGCCAGAUGUUGGAGAGGUUUAUCUGCUACCAGCUCCAGCUUAUCUACCAUGAGGCCUUCUCCAGCUUCAAGAAUGUCAGCACCCUGCUGUUUCGGCCUGGUUCUACAGAAGUGCAGGCCUCCCUCGUGUUUGGUCAGCCGGAUCCCCCAGCCCUAGAAAUCCUCUGGACUUUAUACCGCAAAGUGAAGGCCUCCAGGUGGUUGCUUGGGCACCUGUCCCUGACUGACAACAGCCUCUCCUCUGAUGGGUACAAUGUAACAGACCUCUCCCGGGAGACUGUCAGCAUCAGCUUCAUCCUCAUGAGGCCCUUCCUGCCCCAGCUGCUUCUGCCGGGUUCUCAUGCUUUUAUCCUGUUGGAGAAGCAGAUCCUCCCACUGGUCACCCCUGAGGUGUCAAGAUUCUACAAGGCUAAUCCCCAGGACCAGCCCCUCCUCCUGUUCAGCAACGUGAACGAGUGGGUGAGCGUUUACAUGGAAUACAAGUUCAAGAGCCCCGUCCCCACCCACCUCCAAGGCCUGGCCAGUUACUUGGCCCAUCACAUAACAGACCCCACCCUCCAGAAAUCCAGCAUGGUGGCCAAUGGCGAGAAGGCAGAGUUGGCACUUUAUGAGACACAGCUCCUGAUCCUGGAUCACUCCUUCAUCAAGGCCUUGGAGAACAAGACCAGUUCUGAGUCCCAGGAGCUUCGUGGCCUGCUGACAGAAUGGCUGACCUCAGUCCUCCAGCCGCUGCAGAACUUUGGUCAAGUCGUGGUGGAAGAAUUCCAGCAGGAGCCACUGACUGCCAAAGUGCAAGCUGCCUUCUUUGGGGCUGCACCAGCCCAGGACGUCAUUCAAGAGUGCAUGCACCAAGCUCUGAGCUUCUUGAAGGAAGCUGAGGGUCUCCAGUUCGGGAUGUUCGUCCCAGUCCUUGGCAUACCCAGCUCCAGAGCCUCCAGAGGCCCCAGCCGUGACUCCAUGCUGAACCUCCAACUCAUCACUUCUCUCCUCGUCCUGGUAGCCCUUGGAGCUGCUCCCCACUUCACCAAGAAGCAAACCCCAUACCUCUCAUAG